AUACAUAUAGUGUAGUAUAGUCGUGGGAUAACAACGAGGUUUAUGUUAGGUGUGCAAUACGCGUAAGUCUCUGCAUCAGUGUCACAUACUCCGAUUCUUUCGUUUCCUCGAUAUCGCAUAAACUUUAUUCUGCGACUCGGUCCAACGCACGAACCACGAUUUUCGCUUCCGGAUCACGGCGUAUCUACAAACUUGAACUCCCAACGGGACCUAACCUCUUUUCGGGACGCAUCGCAGUGAGGUCCGACAACGUUAUUGAUGCGCUCGAUCGAUUACGGUUCAUGGAUUCCAGACACGUCAGAGUAACGAAAUAAAUGGUUCCCAAGAAUGCAUGUUUUUUACGCAACAAACUGCGAAAUAGGAGUGUUUUAUCAUCUUUAAAAUGACUUUCAUGUAAUUCUUUAAGAAUCUUUUCUUGCGUAGUUAAACCAGCAACGUCUAUCAUUCGAAAGUAUUCGUAGAUUUCUCGAAAGAUACUAUUGCCAAAAUGAUGCUCGAAAUAAGUAUUCGAAAAAUGGAAGAAAGAAUAAAAGCGUGCAUAUCAUGUGUAGUAAUUCGACAUGGAAACGAGACAGAAUACUCGAGUAUUGUUGGAGAAUAUUCGGAGGUAAAAGCCAUUGUGAAGCUGAGCGACCAUCGACUCAGUGUGAUUGACGCUGGAUCGUGUGUACAAAGUGUCAGUGUGUAAAGUACCUUUUUGAGGUUAGGUCACCCGUGGACGAACCAUGUGCGGGCACUGGGCUGCAUACAUAGCGCGGACUUCAAAAAUGGUACUUCGAAAAGCACCAGGCCCAUCCCUAUCAGAACGCAAAGUACAGCAGUUCUAAGGGUGGCUACUCCUCAUCAACGACAUCAUCAGAUAGUCGUUACGAAGGACGUAUGCGGGAUUCCCCAAAUGGCAACUCUUACAGUCCAGCAGCAGGUUUGGGUUUGGGCAUGGGAACAGACAGAGAUAGCCCUCGGAACUACACAUCUAAGCCCCUUUACAAGAAGGAGAGAGAAAACAGAGACUAUAAGUUAUCCUCCUCUAGGGACAAGUAUUCUGAUUGUGCACGAUCCCCAAAAGACAAGAGAAGCCGUGAGAGCAGAGAUUCAGAACACAGGACCAACCACGAUAGGAGUAGUGGAGAAAUUUUACAUCCUAUAAAAUUAUCAUCAAAUUCAUCGAGAGAGUCUUCAUCUCAGAGGAAACCAUCGCAUAAUUCCUGUCAGGACAAACGCGGUGAUGAACGAGGAGGCGCAAUGGAACGUUCGGCCAGGUUUGGUGAUUGGUCAGAACAUAUGAGUUCUUCGGGCAAGAAGUAUUAUUACAACUGUAAAACAGAAGUUUCUCAGUGGGAAAAACCACGGGAAUGGAUUAGUCGAACAGAUAAUCGACAACGUCAGUCCAAUGAUUAUUCUUCUAGGUCAAGUCACGAUAAACAUUCCAACUCGCGGUCGAAUAGCAGUAGCAGUGUGCGAGAUGGUAAAUCAUCACGUCAGUCCGACAAACGUGAAUAUUGGAGUUCAUGCAGUGGAAGCGGCGGUGGUAGUAGUAGAGAAGAGGUUUCAGCUAGGGAAAGGGAAAAAGAAAAAGAACGGGAACGGGAACGAGAAAGAGAUCGGGAACCAUGUAGAGAAGAUGCGGGAGUGGAGCGCCAAGCUCAGGAUAUGGACAUUUCACCGGGUGAUUCUACACCGACCUCUGAACCUCUCACAUCUUGCACUCACGAUUCACUGCCGCAAGGUCCUGUUUUGUUGGCCACUGCAUUACCUCGAUUAACAUCACACCCACCAUCGACACCACAAACACCUGGAAAACUUAAUUCACCAACGCAACAACAAGGAAAUAGUAAUGCUCCGGGUCCACCUGUGUCGUUAGCAAAUCUCCCGAGACUAUUAUCUCAAAUCACAGGCAACAAAGAACAGCCUGAUAUUACACCACAAAAGGCAUUGCAAACAUUGCAAACGGCCGCCAUCCUCUUGUCUCGACAACAGUCAUCUAGCGGAGACCGGAAUAAUAGUGGAAAUGACGUAAUGGUCCCGCUAAAAGUUGACACAAGCGGCAACGUUACAAGCGAGGGACCACCUACUCCCACACAUUCGGAAACCCUGGACUGUAUUGAUGCUCGAAAAUUAACAAGCCCUGGGGGAACGAAUUCUGGAGUACAAGGUCUAAGCUCAUUGCAAAGUCUUAGUACAUUAGGUUCCCUUGGAAAUUUAAGUAAUACAGGUUUACAAGCAUUGUCUAGAGUACAGCCUCCUUUAACACCUUCUUUAACACCGUCACUUGCUAAUCACUAUCGGGAAGAUUUAACGCAACAUGUGCGUGCCUUUCCUGCUGAUAUUCUUGAGAAACAGGCACAGAAACUUAGCGAAGAAGCACACACAAUGGGAAGUUUGCAGUGUACGAGAGUUUCGGCAGAGUUAAAAACGGCGCGAUCGAUAGUGAGGUUGACAGAAAUUCAGGCAACGUUACAGGAACAAAGGAUAUUAUUUCUCCGUCAACAAAUUCAAACAUUGGAGGAACUAAAAUCCCAAAAUUCCUUCAUGUCUGAUGAUUCUUAGUGUAAGAAACUUUAUAAAGUAAUUAUAAUUACAAUCUAUACUGAAUUCAUGCAAAAAAUAAAACAUAAUUAUUAAUAUUCUCAUUAAUAUUGAAUAAUUAAGAUUGUACCUAAAUUAUAAUAUCAUGAUAGAAGUGAUAAAUAGUAAUGAAUGUGGGGCUGCCUAGAGAGGAUUGGCUGUUCCAUUUAUCAGCUAACGAGUCUUAUUACAAUUAAUUAGGAAACCUACCUCUCUGGGAAGCACAGGAGGCCUACCCAACACGCAGACACAACACUAAGUAAAUAGAAAAAUGAAUCUAUUCUAUCAGUUCAUUGCAAACUAUUGAAUUGUCCACAUCGUCUUGUAUUACCUAUGUUAUACGUGUCAAUGUUUCAUAUCCCAAGAUUAAGCGGCAUUUUAACUAGUUGAAACAUUUUUGUUGUAAAUCUCGGAAUAAAAUUCGUGCCAGAAGCUUUAAUUCAGUUCUUUACCGCCAUUAUCACACCUAAACUCCCGUAGGUUAUGUGAGCGAAAUUGUUUUUGCUUUCUAAUUAUAGGUGUUUUUUUCUAUUUAAAAUAUUUUCUUCUAAUGCAAUGUGUUAAAAAGGAA